UUAGGGGUUUAUGAUAUUGGGUUUCGGGUUCAGGAUCCGAGAGCGAACCUGGCUUACACCCGAAGCCGACCAAUAAAGUUCGGAUCUUGGGGUCUGGACUUGGCUCGAAACGAGGGAGUCGACGGCGAUUGCCGUGUUUGCGCGGCCGCCGGUGAUCUGUUGCACAAGUUCACCGGCGGUGAGCAGAUCGGGGGGUUCAGCCACGAGAGCGAGCAUGAUUUGGCGGUGAUGGUCAGUGAUUUUUGGGAGAACGAAGGAAGUGGGAAUGAGCCUAAAUAUAGCAGUGAUAGCGAUUCUGGGCGCUCUGAUCUCGGUCACCUUGCCGACAGAGUUCUGUUCCAUAAACGUGCGGUGGAUCAAUGUGAGAGUGAUCUGUUAUCAGCUGUCCGUUCCAUUCUGUUGUCUAUCAAUGAGAACCACCUUCACGUUUUCAAGGGAGAUGGUCAGUGUAGUUGCAGCUGUAUCCGACAUUUUCUAGUGAAGCAUCUGAGGAUUUCUGGUUACGAUGCUGCAGUUUGCUUAUCAAGAUGGCAAGGCUUCGAUAAAGUUCCUGGAGGCGAUCAUGAAUAUGUUGAUGUGGUUGUUAAUGGCAAUCAUAAGGGUUCUGAAAGAUUAAUCAUUGACAUUGAUUUCCGAAGCCAUUUCGAAAUAGCGCGAGCAAUAAAGCCUUACGACGAAAUUCUGUCAUCUCUACCUGUGGUCUAUGUGGGCUCUUUUGGCAGGCUUAAGCAGUUCUUGAGGGCUAUGGUUGAUGCUGCCGAGUAUUCUCUUCGAAGAAACUCGAUGCCUUUGCCUCCUUGGAGAUCACUGGAUUAUUUGCAGGCAAAGUGGCAAUCUAAAUGUGACAGAAACCACGAUAUUGUAGAGAAGCAAGAGAGCAAAUGCGGCAUUUUUUCUGAUCAUAAUCAGUGCAUUGGACACCUGAGGAGGCUGAAAUCAUCCCUUUUGUCAGAGGUUGAUAACUAAAUUCAUGUAAUUGGUGGUAGAGAGCAAUAGUAUACUGAAUUCAGUUUUGGAUAUCAUUUUGUUCCCGAUAUCAAAUAAGGUGGGGAUUUUAAUCCAUUAAGCUUUGAGUGGGGGUCCUCUAGCAGCAGAGAGCAUCGAUAACAUGCCAUUUUCUUGGAGGCAUAUAUGUUCAUAGUCCUUUUGAUUCAUUUGGUUUGCCGAAAACCAACAAAAGAUGUAGAGAUUUUGUUUCAUUUCCCCUUACAUAUAUAUUUGUGUUUUCUUCUCACUCUUAUUAAAAAAAAUUUAAUCAUGCUGAU